AUGUGUCCUACAUGGUCACCUCUGUAUUAUAAUGGUAAUGAUAUUGUGGUACCUGGAAAUGAUCUGAUUAAAACUUGUCAGAAAAAACGAGAUUGUAAAUGGUGUUUGUAUGUAUGUGACAGAAGAGAUGUAGAAAAUUAUACCGACCUUCAACAAUGUAGAGUAGCCUGUCGGUAUUGUUAUGAUAGAUGGUGUAAAUCUAGUUUAGGGGAAGUAACUCCAAGUUGUGAUAGAGCAUGUGGUUUUGUGAAUCGUCUGUCGACUGUGAAGUCUGGAUCUUGUCGUGAUGUGUCUACACUGGUUGAUUUUGAGUCUGCGUGUAUUAAAGAGUGUGAGAAUGAUGGUGAUUGUAGUCAAACUAAGAAAUGUUGUCGACACGAUUGUGGAGCAACUUGUCAAAAACCGAUACCUGAUGAGAAGUUACCUCCCCUACCUAUUGAUAUAGAAUUUCUAACCAAUAAGAGAGGUGGUGUGAGUGUUAGAUGGAAACGAGGUAAAAUGGUGGAUAACAGAAGGGAGUUAAUCCAACCUGAAUUAUAUAUUAUACAGUAUUGGUCUAAUUCGGCACACAAUAAACGUCCACGGCACAGAAUAACUAGUGGGUUAUCCUAUGAAGUAUUUAGAAAUAGUCAUAGAUUAAAACAUGGUAAAAAAUAUGAAUUUAAAAUAUUAUCUGUUAAUAUACAUGGUUCUCCAGGCUUUACUCAUGUUCAUGAUUAUAUAAAACCUAUCAAGAAGCCAUCUAAACCAUUAAACCUACAAGUAAUGAAUGAAAAAGCUAGAUAUGGAAAUAAUAUAGUUGAUUUGAGAAUAUCAUGGCAGCCACCAAUUUUUACAUCAGAUUUACCCAUUAAAAGAUACCAGGUGAAUUGGUUAGAGGUACCUGAUACAUCAACUACAUAUAUUAGACAAAAAUUUAAUAAAGAAUCUUUACCACCAAAUCAACAUAGCUUUACUCUAAAAGACCUAGCUGCUGGUACCAAAUAUUUAAUACAGGUUCGAGCCAUUAUUAAAUUUAAAAGUAGAAGGUUCAAAGGUCGACCUGCUUCGUUACAAAUAGAGACUUAUUCUCCACCUUCUCCUGGAGAUGAGUUAGAGAGUUGGAGUGGAAGAUAUGGUCAUGAUGUCUAUAAUAUUUCUAUAAUAGAUUCAUUUUAUCAUCAAGGUAGUUUGAAGUCAGUCAUCACAUGGAAAUCAGCUGUAACAUCAGAGAAAUAUAUGUUAUUCUGGAAAGCUGAAAAUUGUGCCCAGUCUAAUGAUCAUUCUAGUCAUUUACAAGAAAACUCAGCCACAAGUCAUAAAUUAGAAUUUGAGUUAUAUAAUCUUCAAUAUGAAUGUAGUUAUGUAGUUAGAAUUCAUCCCGUAGAUGUUAAAGCCAUGAUGGGGCUUCCCUCUGUUACUAAUUUUAGAACACCUCAAUGUUCGAAGGUCACAGUAAAAGGUCGGAAAUCACCUGAUUGUCCAGAAAACAUAAAGCCUCCAGGUAAACCAAAGAAUGUAACAGUAGAGAUUUUAGGAGAUCUAUGUUCAUCAAUAAUGAUAUUUGUUGAAUGGAGUCCUGAACCAUGGUCUGAAGAUAAGAAGUUUGUUAUUAUGUGGGGAGCUAGUGUAGAAUCAACCAAAUCUCAAAUUAUUUAUACCUCUAAUCCUCAUAAAACUAUUUCUUCAGGGAAUGUAAAUAAAAUGAUAUUAUCACAAGUUGACUAUUUAACUCAUUAUACUGUCCAGAUUUCUAUACAAACUAAAUAUGGUACAGGUCAGCCAGUUAUGAAACAUUUUAGUACACCAGCUUCAAACUGUUCUGGUACAACUUCAUCACCAGAUGUGUCUACCAUUUUUACAACAAAAAGUGCCAAGAUUUCUCAAAAUGCCAUAAUAAAUGUGAAAGCUACUAGUACAAGUGAAACUGUGAAAGUGUCAAAUACUAAAAACAAUGCAGCAACUUUACCUCAGUCAAUAUAUUGUGUGUUUAUCACAGUGAUAUUAUUAUUUUCUUCUCUUUGGUGCUAA